UGCACCAUGCAUAACUCAACACAGCAGCCGACAGCUCGUGUAAUCAGGGCUAAUGUUAAUGUAUCGAACUCUCGUGUGUUUUCCUUCGUAUUUUAAUGAUUAGUAUCUAAAUGGUCUCAAGAUUUACAGUCUUCUUAAUAAAUAAAAAAACACAAUAAUCACAUCAGAUUAUAAUAAUAUCCUGUGUACAAGUACCUACUUAUGUAGAUUGUAGGCGGCGUCGAUGGACAUCGACUAAAACAUUGGUGUCAACACUUACUUAUACUUACAAGCUGUACCUAUACUUACAGGCGUGUCUGUGUGCUGUUGCUUUGUUGUAGGUUGAGUAUUGGUGCAAGUGGCCCCAGAGUGAACAAGUGCUGAAGAUCAGACAAUGGACUUUGAAAGCCCUGACGUUUCAAAAGAGUUUCCUGGACUUUACGCGUCUGACACAGCCAAGAAAAGCGAGAGCGAUUUCAGUGACGACGGUGUGCACGAUAAACAUUCGAAAAAGGAGCUUCUAGGAGGCAAGAAGAAGGAUAAAAAAGAUAAAAAGGACAGAGGAUACGCUACCUUAGAAGGAGAAAGUUCGGUCGAUGAGGAGGAAACAAAGAGCCCUUCAAAAUCAAAGUCUAAAACGAAAGCCUUUAAGUUUCCCAGUAAGAGUAGAGAGAAGAGAGAGAAAUCUAGGGAAAAAGAUGUUAAGGAAAAAGACUCUGACAAAGAUAAAAAGAAGAAAGAUAAGGAAGCCGAGAAAGAUGGUGACAAAGACAAGCGAAAAGAAAAGGAUAAAGCCAAACAAAAGAAUAAAGAUCGGAAGAAAGGAAAACAUGGGGAUGAUGCCUCUGAAAUAUGUGAUGAGGAGAUUUUUGGAGUCAGUCUUCAUUUGGCAGUCGAAAGGAGUCGGUGCCACGAUGGUGUCGAGUUGCCAUUAAUCGUGAGAGACUGCAUCGACUAUUUAGAGGAACAUGGAAUGUCCUUUGAAGAACUGUAUAAAGUCCCGGGAAACAAGUCAAAAGUUCAACACUUGAAAAAGUUAUACAAUCAACGAGAACCAGUCAAUUUAUCAGAAUUCGAACCAACAGUAGCUACUAGUUUGUUGUUACUUUUUUUCAAGGAACUUCCAGAACCGAUACUGGAGAGCAGUGAACUAAUAUCGCGGUUCGAACAAGCAGCAUCAACCAAGGAACUUGGCCAGAGAGAAUCUCAACUGGCUGAUUUAGCAAAUCAGCAGUUAUCGAAAUGCAAUCGAGUGCUGUUGGCUUGGAUGACUUUGCAUUUAGAUCACGUCACAGCUUGCGAAAAAACGACAAAGAUGAACGCGCAGACGAUAGCCAUGACGUUAAGCCCAGCAUUGCAAAUGAGUCACCGGCUUCUCCUAGCUCUCCUGUUGCAUUGCAAAGCCAUGUUUCCAACUGUAAAGCUAACAAAGUAUGUGCCGCCGCUGCCACCCGGCAGUACCCAUAUUCCUGACACAGCUCAAGGCAUUGCCGAGGAAUUGGCCAAGCAAGAGUCUUUGCUAUCGCAAAUUCACAUGCUUAUGAACGCUGGCUAUGUUAAUAAAUCGCGCGAAGAGCAACUUUGGGAGGUUCAGCGUAUGAUCACCCAGUUAAAGAGAAAGUAUAAAUUAGUACAAAAGUUGGAAGGAUCGGUAGAAAAAAAGAGUUUCGAGGAAGAGGUACAACAGCCCAAACAAAGCGAAUCAAAUCAAGUGCAUUUACCGGAACAACUAAUAGUGAACUCUCUCAAGAGCGAGAGCGAUCAUUUAAAAGUCGUAGAUGCAUCAAAAGAAGCAUGCAAUACGCGAACAUUCACUGAAAAUCGUUGUCAAUCGGCUUUAUCUACCGAAAGAUGUGUAGCAGUUGACAAGUCAAAUGUAUCGACGGAUACUGUAAGCGAUUGUAAGACCGAAUCGCUGCAUAACGUACAGCAGGCCGGUAUCGAUAAAACUGGGGAACUAAGCGCUGCACCAAUAACGCAACAACAACAACAGAUACAACAAGUGCAACAAGCUGAACCGGAAAAGUUAGAGGACCCAUUAGAGGAAAAUAAGCUUGAUAGGCUGAGAGAGAGUUUGAUUUAUGCUGAGUUGCUGAAUAUUCAUGCUUCAUUAAAGACGCGCAUAAUGCAGGAACGACAUGAGAUCGAUAGACUAACCGAGUUGUUGGCAGAGCGGAUGACCACGGCAAAGCCAAAGCCGUUAGUCGUCGAUCGGCUGCACAGUCCCAGUGAGGCAGAGAGGACGGCUAUGAAUCAGCUAGUCAGCGAAAACCAAUUGUUGGAGAAAAAAAUGACAACUCUUAUUCGCAGUAUAGUUGAAGAAAAAGACACAUGCGUCGAAUUGAGAGUGCAGUUAGCUCUGCAUGCUCAGAAAAACAAAAGCUAUUAUUCUCAAUGAUUGCACGUCAGUAUUCUUAAACAAUAUAUUACAGACGUUUCGAGGUUCUCUCAAGAAUCAUGCAUUUACUUGUUAUUCUCCUUGGCUUCAAAAGCAGCCUCUGAUUUACUGUGAAUCAAUCAGAUACGCAGCAAUUGGGAUCGAUAUUUUACAUGGCUUCCGAACUAUGGGACAAUGAUUGAAGUAAAAAAGUGAUUUCACAUCGGUGCUAGUCUGGUUGUGGGCCGGUAUUUAAAUUCGGUGUAUCUGAGUGAAAAAAAAAACCUACAACCUGUAAGAGCCCAUCACCUUAGACUAAAUUUGACUACUGUGACUCAAUAUUUGUUUUUAAAACGAUAUUGUUAUUCGCGAGCGAAUUUCUUGAAAUGUCAAUAGACAGUUUAUAUAUUUUUUCAAUGUUGCUAAAGAAGUGAAAAAUCAAGAAUAACAUAUCGUACAUCAAUUACGUACGACAAAAAGCGAUACGGUAUCUGUAUAGUUUGUUAUUAAAUAAUAAACUUUAA